AUGGCAGGCCGCGGCCGAGGAGGACGAGGGAGAGGGGGCCGCCCUCCAGGACGCCCGCGACGAGCCUCCUCCAGCAGCGUCGAGUCCGUCCACGCCGCCCACGUCAAGUACGUCAAGGAGUCGAGCAUCCUCAAGUCGCUAUCACCGAGCUUGCACUCCGACGACUGGCCCUGCUUUGUUCUCAACGAUGCCGUCGUCUACCAGAAGGACUGGCGCACCCUUGGCAACCUCCUCAAGGUCGACCAGCAGGGGCCUCUGUACGUGCGAGGACGCCUGGAGAUCGACCCUGUCGACCAUCGUGGAUUGGUCCGCAAUUCACAUUCGAAACCUGUCCACAUCGAACUUUCACCUACUCACAGUUAUUCCAUUGGCUACGAGCCCAUCUGUAUAUGGGCGUCUGGUGGCGCGGGUUGGUUCGAGAUCAACCCAGCCCCCGAGUAUCAGGCGAUGUACGACGAUAUGUCUGAAGCCAUCACAUUGUAUUAUGAAGUUAUGAAAGGAUACGAAGCCGCAAAGAAAGCCCGGCGCGGUAAAAAGAAUAAGGCCGCCGGCCCUGUAACUCUUGAUGAAGUGUUACUCAAGUCUCCUAUCGAGUUCCUGUUGGAGUUCUGUGACGAAGUCGAGAAAGACUUCGGCCACGGCAUGGCCAAGAUCAAACCCGCCACCAUCCACUCCAAGCUGUUCUACAAGUGCAGCAUCAAGGAUUACAAAGCUGCUCCUGAGAUCACUCGUUUUUACUCCAGGGCACUACUAAAAAGCCUACCGGAUCGCUGGCAUGUCUCCCCCUUCUACGCCUGGCUGCAAGAGGUAGUAGACAAACCUUUCCAGCCUCACAUCCUGUCACUCGAGGAGAUCCCUCUUAGAUGCGUGAGACGCAACACAAUGCGAAAACCAUCGUCCUCGGCGCUGUUCAAACCUGGCCGGAGCAGCGAUGGCCCUCACAGCGAUUCCUCUUCCAAGAAGGGCGGGAAGCAUCUGCAGCCGCCACUGGUCGGUCGCCGGUCAGGGAAGGCUGCUGGUCUUCGUCUCGCUGUCAAGAGGUCCCUUGACUCUGACCAAGAUACAGAUGAUCGUGUGACCAAGGCAGCCAAGACCUCAGAUUCCUCCGACUAUGACGAGGAUGGCUCUAGCGAGGAGAGUGACGACGAGGUGACCGUCAAGAAAGAAGGCGGAUCUGGCGACGCCGAGGCUGUCCGUAUCGUAGUCCGCGCAGAGAAGAUUCCAAGCAUGUCGCCUAGUGGGCCGAACGGGACGUGGACGUGUGAAGAGCCAGAAUGCGGCUACGUCGUGCGCGCAGCGAACGAGAAGGCGGGCCAGGACCUGAUCUCUGCUCAUUUCAAGUAUCACGAGGAUCGAGUCGCGAAGAUUAGUCUGGCCAUGGACGAGGGCACUCGAGGGCAUCUACCCAUAAGUAAUCUCCUCGAGAAGAUCCGAGCCCUUGGCGAAAAGUCCAAAAAGGACGACGAAGUCGUGCUCAACGGCACUGUUCUGCCGGACCCGAUCAAGCGACGACUGCUGGUCUAA